UCGCAGCAUCAGGUUCACGCUGUGCAGCAGCUGGCUAAGGUCAUGGGCUGGCACGUGUUGAGCUUCAGUAAUCACGUGGGCCUCGGCCCCAUCGAGAGCAUCGGGAACGCCUCCGCCAUCACGGUCACGUCUCCCAGCGGAGAACAUGCCAUCUCAGUGCGCAACGGUCCAGAGAGCGGCUGUAAGGUGCUGGUUCAGUUCCCACGCAAUCAAGCCAAAGAGCUGCCCAAGAGCGACGCGGUGCAGGACGCCAGAUGGACGCACCUGAGGGGCCCUUACAGGGAGGUGCACUGGGGCCGCAUGGAAGGAAGAAACUUUGUGUACAAGAUGGAGCUGCUGAUGGCGGCCCUGACCCCGUGUCCCUAGAGCCGCAGCGGUCGUGUCUCUUCACUCUGAUCGCUCUCGGGCUUCGCCUCUGGAGUCACCGUGUCAUUUUUCUGAGAAAAGGUCAGUGAUGGCCAAAGCACGUGUUGGAAAUAAAACAUUUGUACUUCAAGAUCUGCAGUUUUCAU